AUGACAAAAUACGUAGUAUUAGGAGCGGGAAUCAUUGGUCUAUAUACAGCUUUUUUGCUUAUUGAAGAUGAACACAUCAAUCCGAAAGAUAUUGAAAUAAUUGCUCAACAUUUACCAGGAGAUCAAUCCAUUGAAUAUGCAUCACCUUAUGCCGGGGCAUAUUUUUCUGCUUGUAUUGAUGAAGAUGACUUUAAGUAUAGUGAAUACACGUAUAGAAAUGUUGGUAGGGUGCAACAAAAAUUAGGAGAAAACUCUGGCUAUGGAAUUGUUCCUUCGACAGAAUAUUUGAGCGAGAUUCCUAGCGCAGGAUACUUAAAGAAACUUGAAGCAUUUUUAGACGACUAUCAGAUAGUGGAUCCUGUUCUGAAUUCUAAAAUUGGAGUUAAAUAUAAAGCCUGGGUGUUUAAUAGCCCAUUGGUGAUUCAAAACUUAUUAAGUUACUUGAAAAAACAAGAGGUAUCAGUAAACCGAAGGAAGCUUCUUCAUAUUAAGGAAGCAUUUAAAGGUGAUACAAAUGUAGUCUUCAACUGUACUGGCAUCGGCUCAUUGAAGCUUGGAGGUGUUGAGGAUGAGAAAUCAUACCCAACUAGGGGACAAGUAGUAGUCAUAAGUGCUCCACACGUUACGGAAUGUGUCUCUAAAUGGGAUGAUAAAUCUACGUACAUUAUCAAAAGGCCUGACUCAAAUACAGAUGAAGUGAUUCUUGGUGGUUUCUACCAAAAGGGAAAUUUUGAUCUGAGCACAUAUGGGUACGAAACAGAUGAUAUUUUGAAGCGAACAAUCGAACUCUAUCCAAAGCUUUUGAGUGAGAACCUUUCUGGCGAAAAGCUUGCCGAUUUGAAGAUUUUGAGAGUAGUUGCAGGUGUGAGACCAUCUAGAAAAGGGGGCGUUAGGAUUGAGAAGGAACAGUUUUCUCCGGAGCAGUACGUCAUACACAAUUAUGGAGCUGGUGGAUGCGGUUAUCUAUGUGGAUUGGGUAUGGCUCAUGAAGCUGUUUCCUUACUUUGA